AUGAAGACCUUUGUUACCAAGUUUCUCCUCCUGCUGCUACAGGCUCUGCUGGCCCUGUCCAGCCAUCGAGAUGGUACCAACUUUCUUGGCUUUUUCCAAACUCUCUUCACCGUGCCUGGGCUGCCUAAUCCCCAGUUCAUCAGUGUUGGCUUUGUAGAUGACAUACAGUUUGAGAGAUUCAACAGCAGAAGAGAUGUUCAAAGGACAGAGCACUGUGCACCAUGGAUAGAUCAAAAGAAACCAGAGGACUGGAAGGAUAGCACAGACCAGGUCCUGAGCUAUUUUCAGGAUUUCACAGAAGUACUGCAAAGGAUGCUCAAAAUCUACAACUACAGUUCAACUGGAUAUUAUACAAUCCAGAGGAGGUAUGGCUGCUAUGUUCUGCCUCGAGGGUAUUUCAGUCAUGGAUUCGUUGAAGUAUCCUUCAAUGACCACGAUUAUAUCAGGCUGAAUGAGGACCUGAGAUCUUGGACUGCAGUUGGCAAGUUUGCUGAGAUUCUCAGGGAAGAAUGGGAUUCAUUAGAUGUAACAGAAAAUGUGAAGAAUUACCUAGAGCAUCGAUGUGUGGACACACUUCUCACAGAGCUGGAGUAUGGGAAGGAGAUUUUGCUGAGAACAGACACCCCCAAACUACGUGUGACACGUAAGGUCAGACCAGACAUGAAAAUCACUCUGAGGUGCUGGGCCUUGAACUUUUAUCCUGCUGAAAUCACCCUAAUCUGGAAAAGGGAUGAGAGCAACCAAACUGUACAGGUGGAGGUGUCAGAAACCAGGCCUUCAGGGGACGGAACCUUCCAGAAGUGGGCAGCUGUUGUGGUUCAUUCUGGAGAAGAGCAUAGAUACAAGUGUCAUGUGAAUCAUGAGGGGCUUCCUGAGCCCAUGACCCUGAGAUGGGAGCCUGAGACCACCAUUCCCUUUAUGCCUGUUGUCAUUGCUGUGAUUCUUGGAGCUCUGCUUAGGGGAGCAAUGGUGACUUUUCUGAUAUGGAAGAGGAAGUCUAGAGGUAAGAAAGGGUCAGGGUCUUAG